AUGGCAUGUCGAGCUCUCGGGAAAAUGGGUGAAAAAGCACCAACAACUGACGUGAUCAACAGACUAGUGACUGCACUUGGAGAUAAGAAUGGGUAUGUCAGACAGUGUGUAUGUGAAGUUCUUGGAGAAAUGGGUGAAAAAGCAGCAACCAAUGAUGUUAUGAAUAGGCUGAUUGCUGCACUUGGGGAUGAGAAUGAGAAUGUCAGACAGAAAGCAUCUGAAGCUUUGGGGGAAAUUGGUGAAAAAGCAGCAACUAUUGACGUGAUCACUGGGCUAGUGACUGCACUUGGAGAUGAGAAUUGGAAUGUCAGCAUGAGCGCAUGUGAUGCUUUGGGGAAAAUGGGUGAAAAAGCAGCAACCAAUAACGUGAUCAAUGGGCUGGUGACUGCACUUGGGAAUAAGAUUGGGCAUGUUAGACGGAGAGCAUGUGAAGCUCUCGGAAAAAUUGGUGAAAAAGCACCAAACAAUGAUGUGAUCAAUGGGCUAGUGACUGCACUUUGGGAUGCGGAUAUGUCGGUCAGAGAGAGUGCAUGUCAAGUUCUCGGAAAAAUGGGUGAAAAAGCAGCAAGUAAUGAUGUGAUCAAUGGAUUAUUAAAUGCACGUCGUCGUGUUAUCGGGUAUAGUAGUGCCAAUGAAGCACUUGAAAAGAUUCUUCUUUCGUUCUCAGCAUUAACACAAUUAUCCUCCGAUACAGUUUCGAAACUUUUUGAAAAUAUAAAGGAAGGUCAGUUGGGUGCCUUGAGAACUGUUCCUCCAGAUCAAUUUGUGAAGGUGUUUUUGCAUACAAGAAGUACUGCGUGGCUUCCUGUAGUAACCGUCGUUGCACUUGUGCAGGGAAAUGCGGUCACCGUUACUGGCAACACUAUUAUGCUGUAUGGCAGUCAAGAAUCAGUCCAGGUACCCGUUCCUGAUGAAGAGCUCCGUAGAGAAUUGGUUGAAGCUUUUAUUCAUCAGACAGAAGAACUUCAGUCAUCUUCGGAUCUCUUGGCGAAAUCAAAAGUGGUGUCUUCCGUAUGCAUUCUAAUGUAA